AUGGCAUUGGGUAGAUGGACGUUCCCGACUAGCAGAAAACAGUCUACAGCAAGCUCUGGUACUAACAGAACGACGAACGGCACAACAACACCUACCGACAACGAAGCUCAGGAGUCGACCAAGAGCCCAUCUCGUUUGCUACGGACCUUUACCGGAGGUUUUAUGUCACAUAAAUCCAAAAAGUCAGUUGACCGUGACGAGCUGGCCCAUCUAAACAGGCCAUUCAACCAACAAAACUUGGAACAUCAGAAGAUACUGAACGCUUUCGAAUGGAACUUUGGGAAGAGGAAAUCGAGCCGCAGCAGUAGAAGCAUCGCGAGUGGCAUUAGCCCCAACGCUUCGAGGAAUAAUAGUGUCGACCGUGGCCAUAUGUCCCAUUAUGCUCCGACGGAGACGCAUCCUCGGUUCGAUACCAGCUUAGCUCGCCAGCCAACUCGAGAAGACCCCCGAGAAGAAUCGGAGAAAUAG